UGUAUUGUCAAAAUUUGUUAUCGUCAAUAUUUCAGGCUUGAUUUCCUCCACCAGUCAACAUUACCGCCUACAGCCAUGGACUCCAAGGCGACGCGGUUCCUUACGCAAUUCUCGCGCGCAGUGUUCCAGCAGUGGACGCAGACACCCGAUCGCGAGCAGUUCUGGGAGGAUGGCGCCUUUUUGCACGGGAUACUGGAGGAGGCGGUGGCCAAGCUACCGCGUGGAAAACUCAAAGCGCAACUGGCGCGCGACUUGACACCUCUGGAGACGCAGUUGGCCUCACUGCUGCGCGAGUUGCACAUCGAAUACGUGAAGAGUCAGCAGAAGGAGACGACGCAGACGCACGGCGCUCCACUGAAUGAGGUGGUCACGCAGUUAGAGCUCACGCAGGCUGUCGCGGAUGAACAGCGCAGGCUCGCUGGUGUGCUAGCAUUAGACGCAGGUAUUGAUGGCGUGCAGCAAGCCGAUGAUACCCAGGCGGAAGACGCCGAGAGUCUUGUACAGCUCUUUUCUCUCGUGGCUGCGCGCAACUACGAGACGCCGCAGGAGCAACAGCACAAGCGCGGCCUCGUGCUGAGACGACUGGCAGCUUGUGUGAAGCAGCAGGUGGAGAAGCUGCCGAGAAACUGGAGCUGCAAUGAAGACGACGAUGUGUCCAAGCAGGUUCAACAGUUGCGCACACUGCUGGAGCGCGUCGUUGUCCAGGACGCUGUAGCACUAUCUCAAGUUGCUGGCGGGGGCUUGACGGCCCCAUGGACGUCGUUUUACCGUCCAGAAGAGAGCAAAGAGCUGAAGCAGGUGGUCUACGAUGAAGAGAUGGCCAACAUCUAUGGCGCUUUACUCGCGCUGGCAGUUUACUUCCCCAUUGACAGCGACAAUGAGGUGGAGACGUCGGAUGAGUUUUCCGGUUCAGAGGACGAGGAGGAAGAGCAGACACCUAAGCAAAACUCGCAGAAGCGGAAGAAGCUGAGUGCUGUGGCACAGGCCCAACUCACGACUCGGCAAGUACUGCUUGCGGCCCAGAUGCGCCAACGUAAACUCCACCAGAACGGCCAGUGGCUCGUGUCUGUACUGACGUUCGUACACAAUUUGCCCAAGCCCACGACCUACUUAGACGAAGAUGAGGACGAAGCUCUGGACGAACAGGACCGCCGUGCACUGCUUGGUUGUCUCGGCCAAGUUUAUUCGUGCUCGUUCACCAAUGUGGCUCUGUUCGACCGCGCUAAGGAGAGUGUUACAGAAGAAAAAGUUGCAGAACAGGAUCGUGCGCUGUUCGAGGCCGUUGUGUGUCUACGUCACGCGGCACAUUUCAUGCGUGUCGAGCUCAAGUCGAGUCUGCCGGCUAUCACCACAGCUAUGGCACAUCUGGCCGGCGUGCCGCUGCCUACGAGCUUCGUGUCUUGGCUGGACCACGAGCAGACAGCCAGUCCCAAAUCUGUGUUUGAGAAGGCUGCGCAGCGGUUGUGGAAGAAAUGCUUUGACCAGAACAAGAUGGUGAACAUUCUGCUGAGCUCGACUGACCUGACGGCGGAGGAGCUUCCUCUUAUUCAGAAGAGUUACAUGGAACAUCUGCAGAGAAUGACUGAGGGCAACUUGGACAAGCCGAAGACUCAGGUAGAUGCGGUUGAAGCAGCAGAGGAAGCGAUUUCCGACGCUGCUAGUUUGUUCUACGUGGAUAACGCUGGUGGAGAAGAUGGAGAGAAGCAAAGCAAGUCCAAGAAGAAACGUGCGAACAGGAAGAAGAAGCGUGCGAACCAGGGCGACGCGGUGGCUUCCUCGAAGCGCAGCCGAGCUUCGAGCAAUUAGGCCCUAGGACUGUGAAUAUAACAAGAUGAAUUCCCAUUGAUUCAUCGACUUGCUGGUCCUUGCUGGUCCUUGAUGGAUGCUAACCAGGUGCACUGGUCAAGGAUCGAACUGGAAUCGUCGAAGAUAAUUCGGCAUUAUUGUCGAUGUAUUGAAAACGAAGAAAAAUGGUGCUCGAAGAACACUCCACCAGUAUGUAAUUCGAAGUACCUGGUUGCGGUAUUUGAGCUUGGUGGUAGACCAUCACGCUGGCGUCGCGAAGAAUUUAUCCCGCUGUGGUGCCACUUUACUUACUACAGUAGUAGAAAUGAUGAAGAUGCCGAAGCCAUUUCAGCUGCUGACACUGUUCCGGCGAGCGUAUAGGUUCUUCAACAUGAGGCGCCACUAAAAGAUGUGCAAUGGUCUCAUUUAAUGAGGCCACUGUACCAUGUAGAUUCAUGGGUUUCUGUACGACAUACUAGGCAGCAUGUAUUAAUAACGAAGAUUUCACGA